AUGGAUAAGUAUGUCACAAGAUCGAAAAUUGGGCAUCCAAGUUCUAGCUCUACUCAUCCAUCUACCACUUCAACCAUAGCUCCGAAAAUUCAAAGGAAAACAUUUAUUUCAGAUGUUGAUUUAGAAUCUCUUGAAGCUGAUCCGGGAAUUAGAAAGCCCAUUGCAGAAUAUAAUCCUAAUAUACGUGAUGAUAUUAGGAGAUAUUAUAUUCUUAAAAAGCCUUGCCAACCUAAGGAUCAUAACUUUCCUAAAACUAAGUUUGGAAAGGAAAUGCGACAAUUUUUUUCUGAUUGGUUUAAUGGUCGUAAGUGGUUGGAGUAUAGCAUAACAAAAGAUGCUGCAUUUUGUUUGUGUUGCUACUUGUUUAAAAAUGAAUGUGAAAGUUGUGAAUAUGUGGUUGAUGCUGCUUUCACAAAGACUGGCUAUAGGGCUUGGAAUAAAGCUACUGAAAGAUUUAGAGCUCAUGUUGGAGAUAUAAAUAGCAUCCACAACAAGUGUUUCAACAAGAUGCUUGAUUUGAUGAAUCAAUCACAGUCAAUACGCACUUCCUUUGAUAAAAAGUCCAAGAAAGAAAAAAGUGAGUCUCGGCGUCGCUUGAGUUCUUCAGUUGAUGUGAAAAGAUUUCUCUUGAAAUUAGGAUUAUCAUUCCGUGGACAUGAUGAGAGUCGAUCUUCUUCAAAUAGAGGUAUUUUUCUUGAACUUUCGCAAUGGUAUGGAGAUAUUAAUGAAGAUGUUGGAAGCAUUAUUUUAGAAAAAGCUCCAAAAAAUGAAAUGAUGUGUUCUCCAAGUAUUCAAAAGGAUAUUGUUAAUUCUUGUGCUAAGGAAACAAUCAAAUCUAUUCUUGAAGAUUUAGAUGGGGAUUAUUUUGGGAUACUAGUCGAUGAAUCAAAGGAUGUAUCACACAAGGAGCAAAUGACACUUGUUUUGAGAUAUGUUAACAAAGAAGGAGAAGUGAUAGAGCGAUUUGUUGGUAUUAUUCAUGUUAGUGAUACAUCUGCUUGUUCAUUAAAGGAAGCAAUAUAUUCUUUUCUUUCAGAUCACUCAUUAAGUCCAUCCCAAAUACGUGGGCAAGGUUAUGAUGGAGCUAGCAAUAUGCAAGGACAUCUAAAUAGUCUUAAAACUUUGAUUUUGAAUGAGACUCCAUCGGCAUAUUGCAUUCACUGUUUUGCCCACCAAUUGCAGUUAACACUAGUGGCUCUUGCAAAGAAGGAUUCAAAUGUAGAUGACUUGUUUUGCUUAGUUACUAAUGUGUUAAAUAUUGUUGGAGCAUCUUUUAAGCGCAGGGAUUUACUUCGGAAACACCAAGCUGAACAGUUAGAGGAGUUGCUUAUAUCAGGGGAAGUGCAUACUGGGCGAGGAUUAAAUCAAGAAAGUGGGCUUCAGCGGCCAGGUGAUACUCGUUGGGGUUCUCAUUAUAGAACAUUAGAUAAUCUUAUUGUUCUAUUUCCAUCAGUUAUUCAUGUGCUUGAAUUUACUGGAUGCGAGUGUCCAAACUAUACUGAUAGACUUCUUGCUAAAACUCUUGUGGAUGCGAUUAAGAAAUAUGAUUUUGCCUUUAUGCUGCACUUGAUGUGGAAAGUUCUUAUGAUGACAAAUGAAUUGAACUCCUCAUUACAAAGGAUGAAUCAAAAUAUUGUCAAUGCUAUGGGAUUUCUUGCUCUUACAAAGCAAAGAUUACAAAAUAUGAGGGAUAAUGAAUUCGAAUCAUUAAUGGAUGAUGUCUCUUCUUUUUGUGAUAAACAUGAUAUAGUCAUUCCGGAGAUGGAUGCUAGCUACUUUCCUGGGAAGUCAAAGCGUAAAGCUCUUGAUGUUACAUAUUCUCAUCAUUUACGUGUUGAAAUAUUUUAUGUUGUUAUUGAUUUGCAUCUUCAAGAGCUUAAUAAUCGUUUUGAUGUUGUGAGUACUGACUUACUUCUCGGUAUGGCUAGUUUGAAUCCAGUUAAUUCAUUUGGUAGUUUUGAUAAGGGCAAGAUAAUGAGGUUGGCUGAAUAUUAUAUGAAUAAGUUUGACAUCAACAAGCUUCGGGAUCUCAAUUUUCAGCUUGAUAGCUUUAUAGUUUAUGUUCGUGGUUCUGACAAAAGGUUCUUCAACUUGAAGGGAAUUAGUGAUCUUGCUAAAGUAUUGGUCAAGUCAGAUUUGCAUCAAAUUUGGCCACUUGUUUAUUUGCUUAUCAAGUUGACUCUCAUUCUUCCCAUUGCUACUGCUUCUGUGGAACGAGCUUUCUCAUCAAUGAAGUACAUUAAAAAUGAACUUCGUAAUAUUAUUGGUGAUGAAUUUUUGAAUGGUUGUUUAGUUUGCUAUGUAGAGCGUAAGAUAUUCGCAAAUGUAAGCAAUGAUGCUAUUAUUUAUCGUUUUCAACAUAUGAAAAGUCGUCGAGCACAAUUAUGA